GUCUUCGAGAGAGUUAUGGCGGAAGGUUAGAGGUGUUGAGGAAAACGGAAGUCGUAGUUGGCCUUCGAUGAAUUUUAUUAGUUUGCAAGAAGGGUAUGGAAAGGACCUCUAUCACGCCAGAUCAGCUAUUAAGGAUAUUCAAUGAAGCGCCUUCGUCAAACGUAUCGGUAAGUAAAAUAUUAGAGACAACUGUUUAAAACUAAUGUUUUAAACUAAUGUUUUAAACUAAACUACGUAUAUUGAGGAACAAAGACCAAUACACUGCAGGAGUUCAUUUCUGUUGAAGUGAGGGUUAGUUUGUGUUAUCUGACGAUUGUCAAUCGUGGAACUCAAAAUCAUACACUUAAGUUUUUAGGUUGUCUAAAUAUUUUUCGCAAUAACGGAAAAGUGGUGUGACAUGUUAUAUUUUUAGCUCAAAUCAGCAAUAGCCUAUCUGCGAAGCUCCAACUGAACGAUUUUAAUUUAUUUUUGAAAAUGACUAGUUUUUCUGCGUGAUCUUAAAACUUCAUUGUUUCUUAAAUUAGCCUGUUGAGUGAUUACAUGAACAAUACAUGUAUAUUCUAUGGGUGGCUUAGUUCUGGAUAAUAUUGGGUUGACAUGAUUAAUAGUGGUUGAUAACCCUUCGAUUUUGUAUUAUGUAAAGUCUGAGACAGUAACUUUCAUUUUCUUACUGUCGCGCAACAUUGAAAAUUAUUCAUAUUUAAAUGGAAAUAUGUGAAUUGCAAGUUUUUACAAGAGUAGAAAAUUCCAUUGCUUUGAAGUAUUAUACAUGUGAUCUAAUAGAAGUCAAUCAGCUAUUCAAGCAAUGAAUUAUUUAGUUAGGUGAUCAGGCGGAAUUUACAAUUGUUAUUAUUGAAAACCACAAUUUAGCAGUAGUUUUAAACAAGUUUAUCCCAAACUGAAAAUGCUUGGCCUCAGCCAUUCUUGUGCUCAGUGUGGGAUAAUCCAUACAGCUGAAAAAUAACGUAAUAUUUAUUUUUUAAUUGUAUUGUUAUUUAAAAAAGAGCUAAAACCAGGUUACAUCCUUUCUUUUCAUUGCAUAGUUUAUUGUGCUAUCCUGAGGUUUAAAGGCUGUUUGGUUUGUUAGAUGUUUGAGUGUAAGCUGUUUGUUGUAGGAAGAAUGAAAGUUAUUUUACCUUUUUUUCAUAAGGGAGGAAACUUUGACAACUGAUUUCCUUUUCAAACUACAAAUUAUUUUUUGAAGUUCACACAAUAGAAAAUCCUUAAAAAUAGCAUUACAACAUUUACUGUUGUUUGUAGUUUAAUAAACAGAGAUGUGCUCAAUGUCAGUUUCUCCAUCUUUAGAUUCCUUUUUGUAGGAAUGCAUUGAUUUUUUAGUUCAAGUUGGAUUAUUCUGAUUAACAUUGGAAAUACGAUAAUAAAUAGGGUUAGUCGGUUAUACAUGUCAGUGACAAUUGCCACCUGCUCUACUCACAGAAACAUUGUCCUUAAGCACCGACUGCUAGCAAAAUUCACCUAUUGAAAAAGGGGUGAUCACUGGCUGGAUUUUCGGCUGGCUAUCAUUGGUUAGCAAAUUUUAUUUUUGAGCUACCUCACUUGAAAUGUCAGCUGAUAGCCUAAUUCAAGCCUACUAUAGCUUUGCUACACAGCUUAGAAAUUUGCCACAAGACUUAACUUUAGAAUGAAUCAUACUGCUCAUACUUUUACGUCAUCUACACUCAAGCUACUGUACUAAAGAAAUCGCUACAAGUAUGUGAACAAACUGUAAUACCUUACUUGACAUGAAUUCUUUGGUGACCUUUAUAACACAUGUAGUUGGAAUAAAAAUUGAGUGUCUGGCAAUUCCACUGAGCUUUAUAUCACAGAUAAACAGAUAUAUGUACAGAUUAAAGAGAUAUUGACAAUGGCUAGAUGACAGUGUUAGUACUAGUGAACAAAAUCAUGUCAGAAGAAGAGUUUUUUUUAAUGUUUAAUUUUUGGUGGUGCUUUUCCUAUGGAUCCUAAUCAUUAUUGUUCAGAGUGAAAGUCAAUCACUGUUCUUAGUAAAAUGAUUUAACCCUCCACACCCUUACAUCAGUAUGUAUAUUCUCCAUACUGUUCCCUAUACAUUUCCUAAGGUGCUGAAAGGAGAAUUUGUUGAACAACAAAACUUCUUUAGUUGGCGAUCAUUUCCUUUAUUCUUGUGGCAGUGUAAGAUUCAGGGGUUAUGAUGUGAGGACAAAUUAGAUGCAAGCCACUCUUAAGGAUCAAAGGGUUAACAUGACAAAGGGAGAAUGAAGUUGUCAUGAGAUCAAUCGUCAGUUUAACCCUUCAACUCCUAUAAGUGACCAAGACAGAAUUUCUCCUUACAAUAAUCAAUACAAUAUUAACAGACAAGUAAUGAGAAUAAAAAAAGGCGGUAGUGAAAAUAAUCCCGUACAGGCCUGAAUUUUUUUCAGGCGUUAUUUUCACUACUGCCUAAGUAGUGCACAUCACUGCGAGGAUCACUUACAUUCACGUCUUUAUCCACAGUUCAAAUAUAUGACUUUCAUAUAUUCUUAACCGUCUAGUCAUCACUUCACGGGUUUAUUUAGAACCACCAUCAUGACCAGCUCCCAGUUGGCUUGUUGGCUCAGUUGGUAGAGCGCUGCACUGGUAUCGCAGAGGUCAUGGGUUCAAAUCCCGUACAGGCCUGAAUUUUUUUCAGGCCUAAUUUUCACUACUGCCUAAGUAGUGCACAUCACUGCGAGGAUCACUUACAUUCACGUCUUUAUCCGCAGUUCAAAUGUAUGACUUUCAUAUAUUCUUAACAGUAUCUAUAUAAUAAAAUGGAAUAUUAAAUAAUGAGGAGUUGGUCGUAAUUCCACUUGAAGUUAAUUGUGGUCAUCUAUUGAUUAUUAACCAUUUAAUUCCCAUGAGUGACCAAAACAGAAUUUCUCCCUACAAUAACUAUAUGAUAUCAAGUAGACAAGUGAAGAGAAUAAAGAAGAAUAUAAAUUAGGGGAUUUUUAGAUCAUCUGCUUUCCAAGUCUCCAAACUUACAUAAUAAGAAUUGUAUGGCAGACUGUAAGGAAAAUUAUUAGUAAGAUCUUGGGGGUCAAAGUGAUAAGUUUUUUUUUUUUUUUUUUUUUUUUUUUUUUUAAACUAUCCCUAACUUUACUAUAUAUCAUGGAAAAGAAGUAGUCUUUUUGGAAAGGUAAAAUCAAUAUCAAUCUCACCAUCUGAAAGAAGAGCAAACUUUGACUCUAAAUGCAGACUAGCUUUUCUAGCUUAUGUCAGAAAAAACACAUUUGGUGUACAUUGGGCAGACAAGAGAAAUAAGAUUGACAAAGUUAUAAAGAAUUUGUGAAAAACAAUAUGUAUGCAGGCGGCUUAAAAAUUAUGUCAGACCACUAGCUUAUUUGGCAGCCAAAACAACAUUUCUGAACAUUCUAAAAAUUCAUUUUAAUUGCAUUGUGAACACAAGGAAAUAAAGAGAGGAUAUAUACUGGGGUAAUGUUUGUCUUAGAGAUUUUUUGCUUCUGUUGAGUUAAAAAUUAAGUCCAUUCUUCUUCUUCAAGUGUUUUUUCAAAAGUAAGAAAAUAUUGUAAUGGUGUCAACUUUAACUUUUCAUAAUCUUGACACUGGGUGACCUUGAAUUCCUCAGAGACUAAUCAACACAUUUCCUGCAGGUAGAAGGGUGUGCAGUCUUGUUUGGAUUGUCUGAGUUUGUUAUCUCUGAUUUCCUUUGCAAGUUUUUUUAAUUCCUUUUUUGGUCACAUGCCAAGUGUAUGAAAAACAUCAGAAAUACCUACAUGUAUGUGUUGGUUUUGGCAGUAAUGAAGAUUAUAAUUUUAGGACAUUACAAUGCAAUUUUACAAAGAUGUAUAAUGUAGAAACUGUGCAUUAUUUUCAAAACAAAUUUCUGCUGUUCAUGAGCAAGAAAUUAAGGGUUUUGAUGACCUCUUUCCUGAGUUGCUCUUGUCAGAGAUGCGCAGCACAGUGUUUAGGUGUUAUUUGUGUGAUGUUGGGGAAUGCUGUGAGGUAAGCAGUGAUAAAUAAUACUGGUAUCUCGGUGUGCAAAUAAAUUUAAUUUGUCUGAAUGAGUCACAAAUAAAUUUAAUUUGUCUGAAUGAGUCACAAAUAAAUUUAAUUUGUCUGAAUGAGUCACAAAUAAAUUUAAUUUGUCUGAAUGAGUUAGGAGGAUAUUAGCCUAUUGUGUGUAAGUAUGUUUUCUGAUGAUCUGAGUGCCAUAUGGACAGUGUACACUGUGUGUAUUUCAUUAUCAUUGAUGUGUUAAGGAACCUGUUUCUGCAAGUAGAAAUGAUACAAUAAUAUUGCAUCAUAUUACUAGUCUGAUAAUUUUUAUCUCUUUAAUCUCAAGUAAUCCUGAUAAUUAGUGACAAGAGAUUUUAACAAGAAGUUAAUACAAUUGAUGUUGCUUGAAACAUUGCCUAUUGAUACAUUUUCCCUACAAAUACAGAAACUGCCAGUCAUAAUUAUUUCAUGUAUUAAUAUUGCUGAACACUAUGAGAAGUAGCAUUAGUUCACAAGUACCAAGUAAUAACUUGCACCCAACUAAAAAUUUUUUGUUUCAAUUAAAUAAAUAUAUGUUAAUUCCAUAUUUUCUUAAUCAAAUUAGAAAGACUACCAGACACAAAAUGAUAUUUUUUGGAAAGUAGACAGCAGUUUUAAUUUAAUUGGCUGGCCUGGUCAAGGAUCAUAGGAAAAUAAUUUAUUUAUAAUUAUUUCAGUUGGGAGUUCAAAGAAAAAAAAACUCUUCAUGGCUUAGAAAACACAUCAACAGGCAACAAAUAUAAUGGAAAGCAAUAUGUUUCGUUUACAUUAAGUUGGAGAGGAUUAUUGUUUCUGGAAAAAAGGAAUCUCUAUUUUUUUAUGUUUAAGAUGCUCAAAAUGUGACUGAGGCUCACUGUGUUCAUCUUUUAAAAUCCUUAAUGUAGUUUGCACUUUGUUCUCUUCUUUCAGCCUUCCAAGAUCUGUGGUCAAGAAAAAUUUUACACCCAUCCACCUUUGCUACCUGGAGAGCAGAUUAUUUCACAGCAGGAUCAUGUAACAUGUGUGGACACCUUUGAUGAUAUUGCAGAAGGAGUACUCCACAUCACCACCUACAGAGUUAUUUUUGCUGGUUCUCAUAUGAAGGUAGACACACUUUUUUGAGGGAGCAUUUCUCAUUAUUAUAAAAAAGUAGCUAAUUUUGUAUGGAAAAAACUAUUGAUAAUUCAUUCAUAGAGGAAAGAGAAAUCCUGAUAGGGGUUUUUAGUGGUUAUCGUAGGUGGAACAGAGUGGAGAAAGAGGAAUAUACAUGCAGCAUCUCAUUUCUUAUUUCUUUGUUUGUUGUCAUGCAAGUGGACAUUCAUGAGUGAUAAGUAUCAAAUAAGUUUAUGCUCUGGCAGGCUUGUUCAAUAAUGCAUUUUAACCCUUUAACUCCCAAGAUAUCAUUUAGUAAUUCUCCCUAUCUUUUACCAAAUUAUUUUUAUUGUAUUAGUUUGGAGAAUUUGGUAUUGGAUCAAUUAAUAAUCACAUAAUUGAUCUUUUUCUUUAUUCUUAUCACUCUUUGGCUUGAUAUUGUAUUGAUGUUGUAAGGAGAAAUUCUUGCUUGGUCACUUACGGGAGUUAAAGGGUUAAGUUAGUAUAUCAUGGAGCAGUAGUAUAAGCUGCAAAAGGAAACCUCUGAAAGCUUUCCAUAAAAUAAUGAAACUUCCUAAGGCUUUUCACAAAGACUACAAAUUGCACUUUCCCUAUGGGCUUGUGCAAUUUUGUUGUCUUUGAAAAAUUUGCUUAUGCUUGUUUACACCAUAUUGCUUGAGAAAUCAUUUUAUUACCCAUACUAAUGAAAACCAGGGGUUUCAAUGGAAGCUGGUUACAGGUAGUGUAGCACUGCAUUUAAGACCUCUCACCAUCUUCUGUUUAGCCUGUGAGCAGCCUCUCAUGUUUGGGUUUUGUCUUACAGCAUAGCUGCCUCAUACACCAUCUGCAACUACUUAUAGAGAAGUUAUUGAAACCUCUGUAAUGCUAUCAAUUUUAGUGCCACUCAAACCAUAAGAAAUUAACCAAAGACGUGUUGUGGCUACUGUAAUGAGCCAACUACCCUACGGUAGCUGAAUUCAGCAUGGAAUUCUUAUAAUUUGUACCCUUGCGUCUUGGAAGUACAGGACAUACAUAAAGACUGUUGAUUUGAAGGUGACAUUUGACCUUCUCCUUGAUCAGGGGACACCAGUUAAUGUGCAAGUUUAGAUCUACUUGUUUUCAAACCAUAACUUAGGCUGGAUUUGAGUAGCCUUUGUUUGGUUUUGACUGUCUCUUUAAAUUGGCUAAAGUUUUGGUAGAUGGACCAUAAAAGAUGUAUAAGAUAGAUCUGUUUAUGAUAAUGUAUGUUAUUAGUUGGUGUGAGAAACAAUUUUAAGCUUCCAACAUUUUUUUGUUGCAGCAUGGCCUAGAUGAUCAUGAGUUUGUUGAUGCUGAUCCUGAGGAAGUGGCAAGGAGAGGGCAUCACUUUCAAACAAGCUCUAGGAAGGCCUCCCCUAGCCACUCUAAAUGUCACGCAAUCAGGAGUUUUGAAGCGACUCUUCCAAGGAAACCAAAUAAAAGGUGUGGUUUAAUGUAGCAUCUUGGUCAUUAAAUAGAUGAUGACCUACUGUUUAGCGCAUUGGAUUGUGGUUCCAGAGGUCUUAGUUUGAUUGGGUCUGACUGGGUUACUUGUGUUGUGUUCUUGGGAAAAAGUAACAUAUAACUUUCACAGUGCCCCUCCACUCAAGAGUUAUAAAUGGGUACCAGCAAAUUAUCAGGGAAGCUUGGGGGUAACUGUGUAAUAAACUAGCAUCCCAUCUGGGAAAGAGUACUGUAGUAAUACUCCUAGUCAGUAAAAACUACUAUGGAAACAGGGACAAGCUCUAGCUGAAUGGGCCACAAGUCUCCAGUACAUACAUUUUUUUUUUAAUUGUAUGGAAAGAAAAGCAGACAGUGGUAAACUAAUUGAAUUCAUGAGUUGUCAUUUUUACACUGAUUCCAGGUUGGAUGGAAUACAGAGUGUUGAUUUUUAUGUGUUCUUACUCUGAGGCUACCCUCAUUGUUGUUGUUUUUUUUUAAGGUUGAGUGCCCAUAAUAUUUCUAAGAAAAUAAAAUCAGGUGGCAUGAGAAGAGGACUGCGGCACAGCCAGUCAAUGAAAGGGAAGAACCAUGCAGUGGCUACUCUUCCUGGUGUUUGUGAACAGAGUGUCAAAUUACAAACCCUGAGGCCAAUUGUUCUGUCAAAUAUUGAACAUAUUGGUGAGUACAACAACUGUUACUCUCUAAAAUUUUGCCAGUUAACCCUUUAACUCACAGGGUCAGAUUGACAAUUCUCCCUUUUUGCUGCUACACAUAUCCAUGUGAACUAAUUGCAAGAAUUUGGUGUUAGAUCAAGAUAAACAACUUCUACCUGAUAUGUUUGAGUGUUCUCAUUACCUGUUUUCUGGAUACAGUAUGGAUAUUAUAGGGAGAAGUUACAUGUUAGUCACUUCUGGGAUUUAAAGGGUUUAGAGGCAGGUAACAAAAGUCCAUUAGAGAUCUUGUGAUUGUUUUGUGCUGACCUUACUUGAUCUUUAGUACAUUUAACAUUACUAUCAAAGAAAACAAUAAUUGCUGUGUAUCGAAAUUCAAAAUAAAUUACUGUAGGAGACAGGGUGGGUUAAUGGUCAGUGCACUGGACUCUGGGUUAAGAAGUCUGGGUUCAAGACCUAGCCAGGUCAAUGUGUUAUGUUCUUGGGCAGUUCUUCAUGCAGUCAAAAUUUGUCACUUCCAAUUUUUACAAGGGAGCGUUGCAACAGUAAUAAUUGUGUCAAGUGUGUUUACACUGUCACUCCAGUAGUGAACUCUCCUUUUUGUUUCCCAGGGUCACCUAUGUACAAAAGCCUGGGGUUAUUACAUACAGUUGUACAGUGUGAUCAGAUGAUGUCACCUUGUGCUUAUUGUGGCUAACGGCUUUUUGUGUUUUCUCUUUUUAUUUUUAUCAAACAGAUCAUAGCUAUGAAGUGGAAGUGUCCAUUCCUCUUUCAAGUAUUUUUGACAUUAAGAAGUUCUCCAAGAAGAACUUGCCAAAAGACAAACAAAUGUUUUUGUUGGAUGGAUUUGAAAUUUUCUGUAGCAACAUCCAAUCACAUAGGGUAAGUGCAUUGUAUUCUAGCUGUAAUUCAGUCACUGGGGAAAAUGAUCCUUGCAGCUCUUACUAUGUGCUUGGUUAGCUCAUGUUGAAGAGCACCAGGCUGCAGUGGGGGAGGUUGAGGGUUUCAGCCUUAGAAUGGACCAACACUCAGGAUCUUAAAUUAACUGAGGAGAAUGUGCUGCCUUUGCUAGGAUAUGUGCAAAUGGUUAAUCAUUGUUACAGUAAUCUACUUGGAUAAGGACAAUAAACUAUAGGUCCUGUCUCCUACAUCCUCUCAGUACUGGUUAACAAAGUAGGGACCAUACAGCAUGUAGCUCCUGGUAUCGUGGUCUGGCCUUGUUAUUGUUAAUAAAAGCCCCCAUUUAAACCACCUUUUAAGCUGAACCAGGUCAGCGUGUCAAAUUAUAGCAAAUUAUAGCAAGUUCAUACACACACUACAGGGAUACAUACCUACUACAGUAAUUAUCUUAAGCUUUUGUAUCAAUUGACUACAGCAUAAGUUGUAUAUGGAACUUGUUUAAACAUGUACAUAUAUUUUAUUUUCAACUCAAAGUCUAAUAUAUUGUGCUUUUUUAGUUCUGUCCAGGUCUUAUGACCACAAUUGAUGCAGAGGCUGUUAUGAAAAUCAUUCUCCAAACUUCAAAAAUAGUAAGUGGUAAUUUGUGUACCAACUGAUUUUAAGGAGCUCCUUCUGAUACAUACCCUGGCCUUUUCAAGAAGCACACUUGUUUCAAUAAGUGUCUCAAUAACAUGUCUCUUAAUUGCAAGACCACCAGGAAGUUUGAUGUUUGAGUAGUACUGGUGUACCAGUACAACAUCACUUUCUUACACAGAAGGAGAUACAUGUAGUUCUAAGUUAUCUUAUCUGCUCUUUCCAAGAAGUAGCACAACUUCUUUAAAGAGACUAUCUCUUUCUCUAACUUUUGGUCUGUUUUUAAUUGGCUCUUUGAUGAAAUUAGUAUCUCCGCCUUGAAGCUGAAUUGUUAUGAUCAGGUAUCACUUAAAGCAUUUACAAUGUUUUAAGAAUGCAGGAAUGCAGUCAGUGACAAAAGAGUUGAAGCAAUUGAAAGUAUCUUAAUAAGCACCUCAAAAUAAUUUCAAACAGUUGUGGAUUUUCUUUUAAUUGCCCUUGUCUAAAAGUGACCAAGAGGGAAAGUGGUUGUUCCCAGUUUUAAGCAAACUUAAGAUGAUUCCUCAGCCAAAAAAAGUUAUCAAAGGUUUUUUAAAACUUUUCAUAUUAAAAAUGUUCCCUACCAAAGUCUGUUUUGAAAACUACAAUAAAAAAGUGGGUUUCUGUGCUUGCUCUAAACUGAUUGCAGGCAUGCCUAUUCGCCUGAUUUUUUUAUAUUUUUUAUGUGCGACACAGGUUGCUCAGUGUGAUACUGAGGAAUCACCUUAAAAUGAACUAACAACAAUCUUUAAACAUCCUCUGCUAGAGCAUGGUAUUAUGUAACGGUAGUUUUUCCAUUUCUUGCAGGAUUUUUCUAAGUUAUUUGCCUUUACUUAUAAAAGCUCCAUCAUUCUGCCUACGUCAUGUACUAUUUUGGACAGUAAAGAUGCUCCCAACUUCUAUAAGUUUGAAGGUAAAUGGACUAUUUUCAUAUCCAUCAUUUCCAAAAGUGAUCACCCCACAAAUCCUCAUAGGUUUGAUUUUAUCCCUCACAUUUUAACUGCCACGGGUGACCAAGACUGAAUAUCUCCUUACAAUACCAAUACAAUAUCAAGCAGCCAAGUGAUGAGAAUAAAGAGAAAUAUCAAUCAGGGGGGUUAUUAGUUGACCCAGUAUUCCCCACACUAACAUCAUAAGAAUUGUAUGGCAGACGGUAAGGAGAAUUACCUUUUAGAUCUUGGGUGUGACAAGGUUAAAGAAUAUGGGACUUUUAACUCCUAGAUUUUCAAAGGAGGCGUUGCAGUCAGUGUUGGAUGCGACAUUAAAAUGGGACUCAUGAUAAGAAUCAUUGCCAAAAUGUUUUAAUGACUAUGAGAGCUUUCUUUGCAUGAAAUUCAUUUAAGACUUUCGAAGAUGACGGAAAUAAACAUACAGAACACAAAUUUCCCACACACCAUUAAUUCAUUCAUUAAUUAAGUUCGCAUUUUUGAAAGUAUUAUUUGUUGCAAUUUUUUGCAGUAGAGUGUGACCGACUCAAGUUAUUCCAUACUGGAAACUGGCAAAUUCACAGUGAGUACACGUCCAAAAGAAUUUCCUUGUGUACUCUUCAUGUAACUACUAAAAGAAAUACCUUGUUUAUCUACCACUUUCAAGUGAAUUAGGCUAAAUUUAUUUAUAACGAAAUUUUUAGUUAUAAAUUUAGUUUUAAAACCUCUUAUUCUUGUUCCAGAAGGAACACGGCCUUUACACUAUCCAGCAAAAGUGGUUGUGCCGAUUUCAGUGACAAAGGAGGAGUUAACUGAAAUAGCUGACGUUCACAGGUAGAUAAUUGAUGGUCGACAGUGUAUUUAAUUAGACUGGCUGUUCAUGCAACUGCUCUUGAUGGCAAACUUGGCUUGAAUCCUGGAAUUUCUAGGACCAGGAGUAAUUUUUCCGUUAUCUCAAAGUUUUUAUUUCUUCUUGCAGAGGAGAAGGAUGUUUCCCAGUAGUUUGCUGGAGACAUAUCAAUUGCGGUGCAGUCAUGCUAAGGUCUCCUGCAGCAUUGUUCAGAAGGUACGAACAGUGGUAUUUGAUUGACACAUGCUCAUUUGACAUGUGUCAUUAGUUAACAUUUCACUUCUUUCAAUAUCAACACAUCUUAUCCAACAAACUGGUGAUACAUAACUGAUGUACAAGAAAUGUGCAGGAACUUGAAGAGAGAAUUACAGAUCAAAUCUUGGAAGAUUCCGGGUUGUAAGGUCUGGGCAUUGAGAUGUUGCCUUUCUGUGAGAGGAAUCCUUUAGAUCGUCAGUGUAAAGUGAAAUGUUGGAACAUUGAUUAAUGUAAGGGACUGUCGAUGUGUCCUUAAAUUGUUUCAUUCAAAGGAAAUAGUGUAUCUUCAGGGAACUGAGGAAGACGGUUUGGAGAUUGCGUUCGGGAGGAGCCUCAGUUUUAGCGUUUUGAAGUAAAUGUUGCAGAAAAAAUAUCUGUAGCACGUCCUAGAAAAAAGAUCUCUUGGUUUUUGCUUCAAGUCACUAAUUUUGUUCGAAUUGUUUCUUGCAGAGGCCUUAAAGACUCGCGUUGCCCAGCAGAUGAGAAGUAUCUUGUAACAGUCAGCGCACUUAGUGAAGCUGCUACAGAAAAACUGGUUGUUUUCACUGAACAGUACGUAAAAUUGUAGAUGAAGAGUAAUCAAAUGACUUUGAUGGCUCUAAUUCGAAACUGUGAAGAGCCAAAAAGGAAAUAUAAAUUAAAAAAAGUUAAAUGUUAUUGUCUCCUCCUGAGCCUUGUGGUUUCCGCAAUUUGUUUUUCUAAAUGGCGGCGCCCGUAAUCGAAUUUUUAAAUUGUUGGUAACCGAUGUUGUCUUCUGCUUUAGAAUAAGACAGUCAGGAGGAGGGUUACUGAACUCUUCUCAACAAGUGACUCAAAUGACAGGACAGCUCACUCCACAGGAAGGCGAGAGUAAGUCAUCUCCCCCUGAUUUAACACUUAAACUGCAGAUCUAAAAUGACCUCUGCACACUUAAUUUUAUAUGCAGCAAAGAAGGGGAUGGUACUCUGAUUUUCAAAAAUGAACAACAUUCAUGUGAUAAUUUGUUUGGGUCAAUUUCUGUUUGGUGUGAAUUGACAUUUCCAUGGCAUCCAAAUUUUAUUGGUAAUUUUACAAGAAGAUGUUUGCUUUCAAUGGUGAUUUUGUACUCAAAUCGCUACAUUCUCGUCGUCUUAUACUGUUUCUGAUUUUAAUACAAAUUUCACGUAUUGUUAUAUUUAUUACAGCUUCAGUUGUAACCCUAAGUAAGCAAAAAACGUCUGAUUAUGAGAGGGUUACUCAGACGUUAACGCAGACAUCAAAUAAUAAUUUUUUUUUGCGUUCUCUUGUCUCAGCUUUCUAUUAUCCUAACAUCAAGUUUAUGUAUGCUGAGGGAAUACCAGAUGUCAAAUCAGUGAAGCAGAGUGCGUACAAACUUCAAGCAGUUCUCGCAAACAGAAGGUGAGAAUGUUGAGUGUUUGCUUCUUGUCAGUUUCUAUGUCUGUUGUUUUUCCAAUUCCUAUUGUUUUUCCCUUUCGCUCUGACAAAGGGCUGACGCUCGAUAUGUUAGCUUCAGAAUCUAUCUACGGUGGCCAGUUCGCAUCAUCAACUCAAUUGAUAAAACCGAAUUAUCUUGUUGGUUUUUUCUGGUUUUAAUGGAGCUCUUUUUGAUCCAGCGUCGUAAAACUAAAACCAAAGUGAUCAUAACAGGAAAUUAGAACAAAGGAAAGUAUCAUAUGGUGAGAGGUUAAAGCAAUACAUUUAACCUUCCUUUAGCGCGGGAAAGCGGUCAAGUCACAAUGGGUUGUGUUUUUGUGUGAAAUCCAUCCAUGUUACUGCAUUUUACGUCACUCUAAUGCAUUACUUUGACCCUCCAGUGAUGACAGUAAAUGGCUUUCUGCGCUGGAUGAUUGUGAUUGGUUGAAUCAAGUCAGCGAGCUGCUCAAAACAGCCACUCACAUUUCAGUUGCUAUGGAUUGUGACAAGUCAUCUGUCAUGAUCAGUUAUGAAGACGGAAUGGACAGAACAGCUCAGGUGUGUUUUCAAUGACAGGCGCUAAUCUUCAUGUUUUGAGUCAAUUUUCUGCCAUUUGGAAACCAGACUAAGUUUAAAAAUAGUCUGCUAUUAUGGAUAAACAGUAAAGACGUUAUAGUAGAUUAAAACAAUGACGAGGAUUGUGGAAGAUGGCGAAGAUUUUCAUGUUAUAAAUGGCGAUUUUUCUAAAUUCAGGCAAAAGUUCCCAAAAGUAAUGCAACUCCUCUUAGGCUCAGAUAAUCCAAGUUGGAGUUACAAAUGAACGCAAAUGAAUGUGUGCCUGUGUUUGCGUUGACCUGCAGUUAUCUGAAUGUGCAUUGACUGACACUGUCAGGGUUUUUUUCUGUUUAUUUUAUACCAAUAUACUUAAAUCCACCAUCGGUUCUCUUGUGUUGCAUCCCACUACAUUUCAGAAGCAACUUUUCAUUAAAUUAUGCGCACCCAGCGAGUGAAUAGAGACAAACUUUCAAGCUUAGCCACCUAAAACAAAUUUGGUCUCUUGUCAGAGACGUCCAAUCAUUUUGUAGAUCACUUUCGCCGUCAUAUCAGAUGCAUUAUUGCCCCUUGGUGACAAUUCUACAUCAAUUUUCGUUACAAAAUGAGAAAACAGUUUGGUUUUUUUUCACUUAAUUUUGUCGUGGUAUUUUCUCCUCGCUCACUCUAUGGAAAUUGAAAAUAACGUUGGUUAUAUUCAGUGGUUCAUAUUAUUUAUUGGGUUAUCGUUUGUCAGGUGACAAGUCUUUCUCAGUUGUUGCUGGAUCCUUUUUAUAGGACAGUGGCUGGCUUUCAGGUUUGUUCGUCGUCCUUGCCUUGUCUCUGCUAAGUUAUUCAACCCUAAACAGUAGCUUUUUUACUGUUCAAAUACAUUUUUCAUAUACUGCAAGUCUAAUUGCUCCUCUUCUAUAUUCCUGUGAAUUAGCCUUUCUAGCCUCGACAAAACGUUUAAAAACAAUGGAAUUUUCUCUCAAAAGCGAUGCUAAGAGGGCUUAAUUGCAUGCCCAUAUGCGUGACGUUUUUGUUUUGCACAAGAACACGACACAAUAACUAUAGCUGGUGCUUGAAACCAGACUUUUCCAGCAAGUUAACGACCAGACCAUCAAAUCUCAUCCAAUUUUGUCAAAUCUGCUUGCAAACUUCAACUUAUUCACAUUUUGUUAGGUGUAACUCACUUCUGAUUUGUCUCCUUUUAUCCAGAUCUUGAUUCAAAAGGAAUGGUUAUCAUUUGGUCACAAAUUCUACUCCCUUACCAUGUCCCCGCAGGCUCAUGAUGAUUACAGUCCGGUGUUUCUUCAAUGGUUGGACUGUGUUUGGCAGGUAAAGUGGCCGAUGGUCGCAUGAUAUAUUGCACUUAUUUAAGUCACUCCUUACGACCUGAAAACAGACAAAAAAAGGUACAAGGGAGCUUGGAUUGGUCAACCUGGAGUUUAAGUAGAGUUGAUUGGUCAAGAAAGCCAUACGAUUUCUUCGCUAUGUGACCCGACCCAUGCCUCUCUCCUUUUUUUCCCUCCGCUGCAACUAGCACGCCAUUUACUAUCACGCUCCGUUUUCCAAACUGAGCAUGGAACAGACUGAUAAAAAACGACGAUUCUGUCUUUGCAGGUCCUUCAACAGUUUCCAUUCUCAUUCGAGUUUAACAGCCUUUUACUUGAGGUAAGAUGUAAGGCACUGUACGUUAAUCGUCGUUAUUGUGGAAUGCGUUUUUCUCUUGCUAUCAUCGCGACCUUCGUGUGCUCUUAUCGUGAGGGUCAAGCUGCAAAUUGGCACUUGUUCUUUAACUCCCAUCAGUGGCCAAGUCAGAAUUUCUUCUUACAAUACCAAUACAAUUUAUAAUCAAGUUCGGAUAUAACGCGCGGUGUCAUUGGUUGAAAGAGCGUGCUCUACGAGAGUAUAGAGCAUAGAGCUGAGCUAAAGCUGUCACGCCAUCUGCCAAACUGUACUAUGUUCGACCUUUUCCGGGACUUCCUUUUAGCUUUUUUCCGAUAAUUGAAAGUGAAAUUUCGGAACAAGCGAGCCGGCAAGUAGCAACAGAAGAACGAAAUAAAGGUUUGUAAACAUACCAGGCGCCGUAAUUUACGUUAUUAAAACGUGAGCAGAUACGAAAAUCCUCAAAGGAAAAACAAAAUAGACAUUCGAGGUUUUAAAGAUUGAGUCACGCUCAGUUAGAUUGCAAGCUUACGUACGGAAAUAAAAAUCAAACACAGCUAACACUCAUAUAGUAUAUAAAGUUCAGUGUUCAAAAACAUAACAGAACAAAAUAGAAAUGAUGAAAAAUAUAACCAAACUGGCAUAACUGUUAAAAUUCAUUCUAAUCAUGACGGUGUCUGAGCGAAUAUGAUCAUGCUGAAGUCCAUCGCGGCUCGCUCAUCAUGGCGAUCUCCGGUCAUCACAGCAAGCCUCAGAAACUACAUCGGCCGCCCUUCGAGUGAAAAAAUAAGAGCUUGCUCUGAUAUCCUUCCCGAUGCGUUGAGUGGAAAGUCACAUCUGUCACUGUAGCCGAGUUUUGCGGCGCUGUCAUCCCGAGCGAUCUUCAUGUUCCGGUGAAUUCGGCUGUCGUUCAUUCAAAAAACACUCGCCCUGAACAGUUUGUUUUCUACCAUGUCAUGUGAAAAAACUCGCGUGUUUUUAUGAGCCAUAAUUCGGCUGAAGUUCACUGAACAUUUCACUUCAAGAUUCUGUAUUAGAGACUUAAAAACUUCAGGCAAAAGUGUUGAAUUCGACCUACCGAACUAUUUUAGUUUGUAAACUAUCGCAGAAGGUGAACUUUGAUGGUUUGACACUUUAGACAGCUUUAGUCUUGUACAGCCAAUCAGAUUAUUUGAACCAUUCUAACAGGGAUUCUGAUUGGCUUAUUGUAGCGUGCUUUAUGAGAGUAUAGAGCAUGCUGACGACACUGUUGUUCGCUUUGGAAAUAAGAUUUGUUUUGAAAAUUGAAAGCAAUGCUCGGGGAAUUUAAUGGAUUCUUAAUUAUAAAACAAAUAGAGAAGAGUUGGCUGUGCUCUGUUCUGUUAUAAAGCACGCAGGAAGCGGCUAGAGCACGAAAGAAGUGUAGGGAACUAUUUGUUAAUUAGUUUAAUUAGUUAAUUAAUUAAUUAGUAAAUUAAUUAAUCAGUUUAAUUAGUUAAUUUGUUAAUCUGUUAAUUAUAAUAAAGCUCGGAUAUAACACGUACUGUCAUUGGUUGAAAGAGCGUGCUCUAUGAGAGUAUAGAGCAUAGAACUGAGCUAAAGCUGUCACGCCAUCUGCCAAAUCGUACUAUGUCCGACCUUUUCCAGGACUUCUUUCUAGCUUUUCUUUCGUUAAUUGAAAGUGAAAUUUCGGAACAAGCGAGCAAAGGUUUGCAAAAAUGCCAGGCGCAGUAAUUUACGUUACUGUAACGUGAGCAGAGACAAAAAUCCUCAAAGAUAAAACAAGAUAGACAGUCCGAGUUUUUUUUAACGGUUUUCACGCUCAGUUAGAUUGCGAGUUUACGUACGGUAAUAAAAAUCAAACACAGCUAACACUUGUAUAAUAAUAUAAAGUUUCGAUUUCAAACAGAAAAAAACAGGAAUGAUGUAAAAUAUAACCUGGCAUAACUGUUAAAAUUCAUACUAAUCAUGUCGGUGUCAGAGCGACUUAAGGUCGAUCGCGGCUAGCUAAUCAUGGCGAUCUUCGGUCAUCGCAAUGGAGCAAGCCUCAGGAACUAAAUCGACUACCCUUCGAGUGAAAAAAUAAGAGCUUGCCCUGAUUACCUUUCCGAUGCGUUGAGUGGAAGGCCAGAUCAGUCACUGCAACCGAGUUUUACGACGCUGUCAUUCCGAGCGAUCUUCAUUUCUUAGUGAAUUCGGCUGUUGUUCAUUCAUAAUACACUCGCCUUGAACAGUUUGUUUUCUACUUGUCAUGUGAAAUAACUUGCGUAUUUUUGUGAGCCACGAUUGGGCCGAAUUUCACUGAACAUUUCACUUUCAGAUCCUGCAUUAGAAACUAAAAAACUUCAGGCAAAAGUGUUAAAUUCGACAUGCCGAGCUAUUUUAGUUUGUAAACUAUUGCAGAAUAUGAACUUUGAUGGUUUUUGAACUUUGAUGGUUUGACAUUUUUGACAGCUUUAGUCUUGUACAGCCAAUCAGAUUAUUUGAACCAUUCUAACAGGGAUUCUGAUUGGCUUAUUGUAGCGUGCUUUAUGAGAGUAUAGAGCAUGCUGACGACACUGUUGUUCGCUUUGGAAAUAAGAUUUGUUUUGAAAAUUGAAAGUAAUUCUUGGGGAAUUUAACGGAUUAUUUAUUAUAAAACAAUUAGAGAAGUCUUGACUGUGCUCUGUUCUGUUGUAAAGCGAUUAGGAAGCGGCUAGAGCACUCAAGAAGUGGGGAGAAACACUCGACUACGUCUCGUGUUUCUCCCUACACUUCUUUCGUGCUCUAGCCGCUUCCUGCGUGCUUUACAACAGAACAGAGCACAGUCAAGGCUUCUCUAUUUGUUAAAUCAAGCAGACGUGUGACGAGAAUGAGGAAAAAUAAAAAUAAGGGGGUUAUAAAAUGAUGCAAUACAGAGUUUUCCAAACCAACCUUAUGAGAAUUGAUGGCAGGCGACAAGGAGAAUUACUAAUGAGAUCUUGAGAGGGAAAGGGUCAACAGGCAAUGCCAAGUUGUGCUAAUUCAAGCCAGUUGGAAAUUAUGCGACAUUUUGCUGCGACCAAAUUCUGUUGCAGAGUCAAAGAUUUACACAAAAAGUUUCCAUCUCUACGCUCGCAGUAGACCUCUUGAGUGAAUAUCUCGCGCAGUUGUUAUGACCAGCAUUGAUGCACACGCUGGUUUGCAGUGUAUUUCUCCACCAAGUGCAUGGGCGUUUUUAUUCUCGCAUUCAAAUAUCUUUCUAACUAACUGAUAAACAGAGACCAAGAGUUGUUCAUGUGUCUUUCACUACACGGCCUUUGUGGAAGUUUCAGCCUUUUUCCAAUGUUGGACGGUGCUGAUACCUGAUAAGUUAUACCUUGUCCUCACUGCACUUAUUUCUGUUUUAGGUAAUUGCAGAACACGUUUAUUCCUCGCGAUUUGGAACGUUUAUUGCCAACGCAGAAAGCGAGAGAGAAGAGGUACGUAACUUCAAGCCUCAUCUAUUUGUAUGUUGACGCUCAAUUUUUUACAGCAGUGUAUAUUUUUUCUGUCACGUGUUUAAAGAAAGACUACGAUUCAGAAGCUUUGUACUUUUUAUCUUUAAGUAUGUUUAAAAAUUAAGUUCCUAUCUUACUUUGAGAUUCCAUAGUAACCUGUCUGAUAGAGAAGUGUUUGAACCUUCUAACCCCUAGGAGUGAUAACCAUCUAAUUUCUACAACAGUAUCCCCCCUGAAUCAAAUAUUAAGGUUACGGGAAUACAGGAAAUGAUUGCGAUUGAUUGUUAAACAAAUUCUCCCUGUAAAUACUAAAGGAAAUGUGAGGAGAACAGUAAAGAGAACUUGUAUACUGAUGUUAGGGUAUAAAGGGUUAAACCAUAGUCGAAUUUCAGCAUAUUUGAAGGAAACGUUUGGAAGGUAAGGUUACUCCUUAUAAUCUCAAACUGAGGUUAUUGUCUUACAAUUAUCCACCUGCUUUAUGAUAACGAAGAUAAAAAUGAUAUGGACUCUGAAGCGUACUUGACUCCUAAGAUAAACUUCAUAACGUUGGUAACGGUUUGUAAAAUUUCUGCACAGCCCCUACUUCAUGAUGCAUACAGUUCUUGAAUGAAUAAUAUGCAUUAAAAAAUUUACGCGCUUCUGGUUGGCAUGGUAAGUUGUAACACGAGUGCAAAUUACAAAUAGCGCGCGCUGCUAAAAUUUCGUCCGUUUUGAUUUAUUGUGAUGCGUUUUUCAUGUAAAUUGUUAACAAGUAACAACGUGAUUUUUCUUGCAAUUUUGUUGUCUUUGAAAUAUUAACUCGUGCUUAUUAACACCAAAGAAUAAGGGGGUAAGAAAUUGUGGUGCUGCGUCGUUGGGAGAAUAUAACAGGGUAAUUUAGUAUUAUCAACUGAGUUAAUAACGUAAAUUGGACACCGUAAAGAGUUUAAAAGCUGACGUUUCGAGCAGCAAAGGGUUGACGCUCGAAACGUCAGCUUUUAAAAUCUUUACUGUGGCCAAUUUACGUUAUCAACUCAGUUUGCCUUAUUAACAUCAAAUUGCUCCCGAAAUCAUGUUAUUACCUAUACAAAGAAAACAAUGGCGAAAACAAUAGAUUUCCUCGGGGACUAUGCUUUGUUUUAAGAUAGUAGGGUGCUGGGCGGAAAUCUCACUAGCGGUUUUAUCAACAAAUUCGACCUGUGAAAUGAUUUUGUAUAUGGAAGGCAGUUGUAUUGUGCGUGUUACUCAGAACUUUAUUUUUCAAAAGGAAAACAUUGGUUUGUUGUCUUCUUAACAGGAAGAAUACGACGAUAAGACAAUUUCCCUUUGGACCUGGCUAAACGUGACUACCAUGGCAAACCCUGAAAAGUUCAUCAAUUUGCGUUAUAAGGAACAACCGCAACAGAGGUAAGAAUAGAGUGAGAAUCAACUAACCCAUGAAUCAAGUAUUUUUGAAACAAAUCACAACACUGUGUCCUUUUCCGUUGUCUCUAAAGGAUGUCAUAGCACCGUUAAGUAAAUCUGGGGUCAGUGAACAGUGUUGAUUUAUUUUUUCGCUCUGAAGACAGCUUUUAUUUUGAUACUUUAACUCCUUCAGUUUUUAAUCUCACAAAGGUUACACCUCACAAAAUGUUUUAACGUACGACGCUACAUGAAUUCACGAGACAAAUCUGGACGGGCGUUAACUCUUCAUUCCUGAAUCAGCGCUGGCGCCCUCUCAAACAGUUCGCUGAGAUUCAAGAGGAAAAUCUCUACGUUUGCGUCAAAUCCUCUCGUCAACUCUUGUUGGGGGGAUUUUGUUGCUUUGAAAAAACUCUGAGUUAUUUUUAUACCCGUAGAAAUGCGCCAGAUUUGAAUUUAUAGAAGGUACUCCUACUAAAGUACGACAGAGUGCUGGAGAUGUAUACGAGGAGGACUCUCUGUAAACUUGACUUCAAACAGCAUUCUGAGGGCAGGUUGCUGUGAUACACUUUAACUUGGACGUGUUCUUCUCAGAAUCAUUCGCGUCAAAAGCCAAAUCUUGUUGCUCCUUUGAUGGUCUUUUUCCUCUUUUUAUGGAGGGAGGAUUCCAGGAGAAUUCAGACAAAAUAGCUUAGGAGCAAGGAAAAGAGCUAACUACAAAACCAACCCACGUGUGGGUGUAAGGGCCUGUUUCUCGAAAGAACCGAUAACUUAACGUGUCAGAAAUGAUUUUACAAGCCGUAUUUUAAAAUUUGAUAUUAGGUAAUAGUAGUGCCGGUGUCUGCUCUUCGGUCUUGACGGUGUCCUCCCCGUGACCUAAACUUUUGUUCGUGUCAUAACUUAAAAGUUGACUGCUUUAACUUAUAUAAGUGCUUGUUUCUAUUUUUUUUUUCUCCCAGAGUGCUUCGUCCCCUGUACAGAAUACCUUAUCUUAAAUUGUGGUCGUCAUUCUAUGUCAAUCGAUAUCGUUAUGAUCAUGUUCACGAUGCUUCAAAAGCAGCCGAGCUGGAGGCACUGAAACUGGAAGAUAGAUACGAGGUAACAAAAUUUUGGCGUACAUAUUUAAAUCCCUCUCAAAAUUCCUUUCCUGAAUAACGUCUCUGACUUGGGGCAGUUUUGAUUAGUGUGUCAAAAGCAAUCUGGAAUGAGAUCGGUUCGGCUUUAACCCGCUCUACGAUUGGUCUAGAAAGCUGGCAGCAUCCUCUCCAGCAUUCAAUGGCUGACAAGAGCUAGCACUGAUGACAAAAUAACUUAAAACGUCAAUGUUAGUGCUACUCGACAAGCUUAAUCAAGGCAGGUGGCUGAUCACUUUCCGAGGCAUUUCGACGAGACAGAGGGCCUCUAAACUGCACUGCUCCAAGCUGCGACCAUAGUGGUAGUUAUGGCAACCUGUGUUUGGUGGCCGUGUAAUAAUAUGUGACGUUGUUCAAACCAGAUUUCAUGGUAUGAUCUUUAAAUGUUUCUCAUAAGCUUUUGUUUUCUUUUAUAAUUAUUUGACCCUCUCUCCGAAGUAUUAAGCUUAGAGAGGGCGCGUGAAUCACGCUCGCGCUCAAGACAAUGAUGUGGUCAGCGGUUUCGUGAGUCUUGUAACAUUGCAAGUGCCGUUUUUGGCCAAAAGACCACAUUGAAACGGUUGUGCGUUGUUCCCUGUAAGAUGGGUGGGGAGGGGGGUUAUAGCAGGGAUUUUGCGGUGGUUACAGAUUUUGAGUGAGACACCCACUUGAUUUUGUCUUUUCAGGAGCUCCAGGAAAAAUACUGCAGCUUGAUUCGUAAACUUGCCGAAGUGGACUCCGAAGAUUAUUCUUCUACAUUUUCCUUCCACACAGCUACUCUUCACCGUGCCUUGCAAAAAAAGCGUUCAAACGAUCAUUUUAGCGUGUUUAAGGGUAGCAGGAACAGUUCGCUUGAUAACGGACUUGACGCAUCCGGGACCUGGCCAAGCGAGGCUUCUAACCUGUCCGAAGAGGACUCGGAUACUCUGAUGUCAUCUAUGAAGUCGUUGUCCAUGCCGAGGAGGCGGAUGACACGCAGUCGUUCGUUGGAUGAUAUGUUGACCACUGAUCUGCGGCAAAAAAGAGCUCCUAAGAAAACAACGUUGUUGCGACGGGUCGGGAGCAGCAAAUUCUACACUGAGCAGAUAGUGAACGCUGUCAAUGCAGGUAAGUUUUUUCGGUGAGCCGUAAAGGCCCAAUGUUAAUCCGUAAGGCUGUGGGUUUGAGGCCCGGUCGGGUUUAGUGUUUUGUUCUCGGGCAACACACUUAAGUCUAACCGCAUCUCACCACCCACGAGUGUAAAGGGUUCCCAACGAAUGGUCAGGGAAGGCUGAUGAAAUGCAGGGCGGGAACCUUGUGACGGACUGGCAUCCCAUCCAGGGAGAGUAGUAAUACUCAUAAUCGCUUUAUGCUUUGGAAACCGGGACAAGCUUCGGCUGGGUAGGCCAUUAGGUUUAGACGCAUGUAUGAAGCCGUAUUGAUUCUGAAACCCCUCGAGUCAGUCAAGAGUGCAACAGUCGUUUAAAAAAAUAUGUUAAAAAGUUGUAGCGAGCUAGAGACUCCGGAAGAAUUUUUAGUCCUUGUGAAGACUCGCAGCUUAGGCACUCCUGAUUUCGCAAUAAAGAAUGCUUAACCGACCGAGCUGUGGAGAACUCGCUUGUUAGCUAAGCUGUAUGUCAGUAUUUGUGACAAGUAUUCUACAUGUUGCAAAGUCGAAAAUGUCCAGAGAAUCCUUUAAAAAGCCAGAGUGGUAAUCUUUGAGAUAUUAGGCUAUUGUGAUGAGCAAAAAGAAUAUGUUUUUAAAAAAAUGUUGGCCGCAUGACAGCUAAGGAUGAUAUUCGAGUUUUGUACGAUAUACCCGUAUACCCGUAUACAACACUAAUCGUGGUGGUAAUAAUAAUGAAGGCGUGAUAAUGUUAUAAUGACGAAAAAAGAUGAUCAGCUGUUCUAGAAGGAAUGAGAAGAGAUGGAACGGUAUUAUAAAUAAGUUAAGUUACUUAAUUUUUUUGUGUAUUUGUCUUCACAAAAGAGCCUACCACUGAUGUGAGAAAUCUUCCCAUCUCCGAGAAAUACAACAGUCUAAUAGAGUACCUCGACAGCGAAGGUAAGAAAAUCUCCUGACAGGACUAUCUAUCAGCCAUAAUGCAGUAAGUCUUUAUCUGAUGUAAAAAGGUUACUUAAAGAUCGAUCUUUCGUUUCACACCAUCCACUUUAGAGGAUUUCCACACAUUCCUUUUGUUUCAAAAUAAACGCCAUCCUUGAGGAGACUUGAAAUGGUAUUUUUAAUUUUUUAAGAGCAAUUCCUUUUUUGUAUAUUAUUUAUUUUAAUCAGAACAUCAAAAUAUACCUAUCUGCAUCGUUUGAAAAAAUCUUUACGCACGAGUUGAAGCCAUCUUGGAUCAUCAAAAUUAAAUGAGCUCUCAUUCCUUGCGUCCAAAUUUGUCCUUGGUCGAAUGCUAAUUUUAUAGGUGUUUGUAAAUUUGCUUUCAUCGUUGGUUAGGUAUCGAUCUUGGUUCAGAGAAGGAUGUUAUAGUGACUGAAUCACGAUGCUGUGGCUAUAUGGUCAAACAAGGACGUAAGUCUUGGAAAAUAUUCAAAGUGGCCUUGCAUUUGAUAUGCUAGCAUAUGAUAGUUAAAUUUGAGCCAAAUCAGCAGUGAUAGGAUGCCAGGCCUUAUUUUCUAAAAAGAUAGACCCUUAUUUUGAGAAGAGAAACCGGCCGAGUUAUAUUCAAUUUGCAACAAAAUCUGUAGACACGUUAUAUUUAUAUAGGUCCUUUUCAAAAUUGAAGUGUAACUAAAAUCUUCACUUCGCUACACACCUCUCUUCGCCGAUGAUUCUUGUAUGAAACAAAGAACUACCACAGAAAAUAUUGGUACAGGCAUCAGCUGACCAAAUGUACGAUAAAAGUGGUACGUGAUGAAUUAACAAUUGGUUCGUACGUCAGCGUGCGUUCAUCGAGAUAUGAAGCUAUGAAGCACGCGGGAAGUUUGGAGAGCACGCCAGCUUCUUGAGUGCUCUCCAAAUGUCCCAAGUGUUUCAUAUCUCGAUGAACGCACAGCUGACGUAUGAACCAAUUGUUUUGUUUUAUAACAUUUUCAACCCGAUGGAAAACUGUUUUUCUCGAGGGAUUUGUUUGCUGACGUCAUGAGCGUGCACAAUAGGAAUAUGAAGCACGCUCGCGCAAUUGAAUUUGAUUAGACAAAUUUACUAGUUAUGUUAUAAAAAAUGUUGGCAUUAAAAAGACAUUGGUUCAAAUAUCUUUUUGUUAGUUACUCGUUUGUGUAAUUCAGCAUCGCAAUCAUCCUGAUCAAUCCACAGGAGAAGGGCGGGAACCCACGCCUCAUUGACGGUGGCCGAGCGAUUACUCAAGUGAUCAUCGCCAACAGCUAUCCCUUUAACUUCCUUUCACUCAAACUCGUGUCUACUCCGUCCGUUUUGUUUCUCGCCAUGCCUCUGCUCGGUUUAAUUACGUCUCAGGCAAUACUGUUAACCACUAUAAACUGUCUGAAGUUUAUGUAAACCUUUUGAAAGUUUUUUUCCUUGUUAUUCUUUUACGUGUUAAUGGCGUCAUCUGAACUGAAGUCAAUUUCCUUUUGUGAAAAAUUAUGUUAUUUAGAAAUUGUUCCCUUUUUUCGCCAACGACCCCUUCUACUGCAAAGAACAAGAUGCAAAGGAACGCUAAAACAACCUAUUAUGUUUUGCUUGUCUUUUUCAGAGGUUCGAAGGAGUUGGAAGAGACGAUGGUUUGUCCUCGACCUAACUAGGAAAUGCUUGGCUUACUUUGAAACGGAAAAGGUUAGUUAAAUGAAGCGAUGUAAUACCGCUGAAAAAGAAGAAUUUAAAAUACAGUGGCGUUGAGUUCCGGUGUACCUGGCUUCCAGCGUGUACCAAAAAGUCGGGUUCGAAUGCUGUUUCUUCUGUAGUAAUUACGCAUUGCAAAAUUUUCCAACUCUUGUGAUCAAGAUUGUACAUGUUUAGGUGAAUAUUAGAUAAUUUCAGUACUCAAAAACUUGAUUUGUUUUGCUGGUAGAGAAAAUUGUGGAAUUACCAAUCUUGUCAUUUUUCUUGCUAGGCGGAUAUUCCCAAAGGAGCUAUCAGCUGCAAGGCCAUCACCCGUGUGUACGAACACAAGAAGUGUGGCAAGAGCAAAAAUCGGUUCCUGUUUUGUGUGGAUACUCCAGAUCGUACAUACACCAUGUAUGCACCGAGUGAACAAAGUAUGAACAUUUGGAUAACGUGUCUUACGAUAUCACCGGCCGCUAUCGAACUUCAGAGAGACGAAACGUAGCAAACCCACCCGGAAUGCCGUUGGAAACCUUCUAACAAUGGCUAGAGAAUUGGCAUUGUAACGAGUGUGACUGUGAGAUGAAAUCUUUCAGAAGCUCGUCAAAUACCUCUUCUCGAGAUUGCCGCCCUAACUUGGCUGCAAGCAAGAAGCAAGAAGCAAGAGAAACAAGUUAAGAUGUAGAUCAUUUUGCACGUUGUGGAUGCAAACUAGGCAUCAUUGAGUUACAGUGGGACAUUCAGCAAAAUUCUGUACGAGUGACAAAUCGCAAUUUAGAUGGUGGUCUUUACAGGAAACCAUUUUAUACCAUAGUACACUGUUUUUCAAGGAACCAUUGUUGGUCUGAGUCAUUGUGUUGUGUGGCAUUGUUUAUUUAUUCUCUCUUAAAACUGUUUGAAUGCCACCAUACAAACAAGGCUGAGUAGUAACAGUGGCUUCCUCGCUGAAACAUGGAUAGUUACGAAAUGAUACAUAUUUGGGAAAUUCUGCAGUCGCGUUAUUUUGGCGCGAAAUUCUGCGCUACGCAACAUAUUUUUCAUUGGUUAUAGUAUCUCCUGUCAACUAAUCAGACGUGAAUAUUAAGGGCACUAGUCUUACAGUAGUAUAACAACUGAUGGGUAUUUGUUAACGGUGAUAUCAGGCUAAUGCUCACUUAACUUUUCAGUGUUUGUUUCUUUCUUUCUUUCUUUCACUCUUUUCGUGACGGAUUUCUUGUAGGGGUUGGUACGAGUAAGAGCUGUUCACGUGCAAAGUACUUUAACCCUUUAACCCCUAAGAGAGAUUACCCUCUAAUUUCUCCUCACAGUAUCUCCUCUGAAUCAAACAUUACAAUCAUGAGAAUUAUGAAAAUAAUCAACAACUACAGUAGCUGUGGACUGUCAAGCAAAUUCUUCUUGUCAACACCUUCGGAAAUGUAUAGAGAACCGUGUGAAGAAUAUGCAUACUGAUCUUAGAGUGUAAAAGGUUAAAGUAUGGUAGGGUUCGUAGGACAAAUUACAAUGUGGCGGCUCAUAUUGAGUUGCAUGUUAAUCGGGUUUGGCGGGGAGAAGGAUCCUUAGGAGCCUUUUAAAUUGUAUUAUAGAUCAUCUGUGAUAAUCAAAUAUGGAAUUUGGGUAUGGCUGUAAAAAAUAUUUUAUGCAAUCGAAGGUGUAUUUAAUUUUAAGAAAGGUUUUGGAAAAAAUAUGAUUUUUAUUUCCAUGAUUUCUAAGAAGCUGUAGAUAACUCACAGUUCUCGUUUUGGAUCAUUAGCAUGCAAGUUUGUCCCCAGAGGUCUUGGAGUAUAAAUGAAUUACUCGGAAACAAUGGAAAUUUUCUAUAGUUAGUAAUCCGUAAAAUUUCAGCUCCUUGCAAGCAAUAUUUUCUGGAAAUAUUAAUGAUCCAAGAGUGUGAAAUGUUUGGGAGGUAAAAUUCCUAGAGAUGCUUUUGUUAUUCGCAUCAUUUCUCAGUUGUAUCCACAUACGGUUCCAAUUUUUAAGUGGCUCAUUUUCAAGUAUGUGCUUUUUGGAAUUGCUCUGUUCGUAUUUUGAUCAAAGGAUUUCAACUAAAUGCCAAUGAUUCCAAAGCAUUUUAACGGGGAUUCAUUUUACUGCGCGCAUAGAGUAAUCUUGUUUUAAUGCUCCCAUAAAUCCAACAUUUUUUUUCUAUUAAUCAGUUUUAUUCCUCUAACUGAAAUGCUAUUUGUACUUGUAAAUGCUUUAAAUCAAUAAGAAUAUUUUCAUAAGCUGGCAAUUUAUGACCAAAAUUAUAUCAAAGCGAAUAUAUUUUAUAUGAUAGUGGUGGGAUAAAUUUUUCAAGUUGUUUUGAUAUAUGAUUGAUUUUAUAACAAGUUGUUAAAAAAUAAAAUGUGUAGAAUAUUCCUUAGAAAAUGAAAUUAAUAGAUUAUUUCUCAGUAGGGAAAGAUUCAGUGCAAGAGAAUUAUUAG